CUGACGCGGGCGGCCUGGCGCGCGGGCGGGGGUCGGCGAUGGCCGCCCCGGGGUCGGGUCCAGCGGCCGGGCGCGCGUCCCUGCGGCCGCCGUCGCCGCUCCGCCCGGUCUUUCUCAUCCUCCCCGGGGGCAGCGGGGCGGGCGGGCCGCGGCGGUGGCGGCCGCGGGACGGGUUCGGGCUGAAUGGGCGUCCGCAGCCACGGCCGGCGCUCCCGUGGGGGGCAUCGCGGCGGGCGGUCCUUCCACCGCUGACCCCUCUGCCCUCGGCCGCCGGAGGGUGGCGGGCCGACCCGGCCUCCCGGGGAUCCCGAGCUCGCGGGAGCCGCAUCGCGCCGCCCGCGGGUGCCCCCGGCCUCGAGUCCCCGGCUCAUCCUUUUUCUCUAGCGCCUGCUUGGAAUACCCUGUCAAGUGAAGGGCGGUCAAUGCCGUUUGGGCCGAAGUGGUGCGGCCGGGGCUGGCUCUGAUGGCAUUUAACAGAAAGCGGCUACCCUUGCAGCGGGCGUGCGUCCCCUUCUCGGCCGCUUCGCCCUCCUUGCGCACGCACUGACUCGGGUGUCUGCUGUGGACCCAGUGCAUAAUUGCGGUCCCUUCUUGGGGGUGGGGGGGGGCACCAGAAAAUGCAAUCCGGAUUCCCAGAAAGAAAAAAAAGAAAAGAAAGAAAGAAAAGCAAGGAGGAGCUGGCUGGAUCUCCCUUCACUUCUGUUUGCCUUUGCUUUGGAAGACAACUUCGCUGAUCCUCUUGCCUAUGAGCAGUCUUCUAUUGUUGUGAUUCAGACUACAGGCUUUGCUUUUGAAGGAAUAGAUUAGUGGCUUCUUGCUGCAGCUUGAGGGUGUAGAGGUAUUUGGUAGCAUCUUGAAUGUGAAAGUUUGCGACUUUGCCCUCAUCACUGCUUUUCGGAAAACAGAAGCAACCUGGAAAUGUAAAUGCAUGCAGACUCUGGCCAGAUGCGGUUCUUUUGUGUUUAUCGGCGUCGAUCAGCAAGGUGAACGUAAUAGAACCAUGGCUCAGUUUCCCACACCUUUCGGUGGUAGCCUGGAUGUCUGGGCCAUAACUGUGGAGGAAAGGGCCAAGCAUGACCAGCAGUUCCUUAGCCUGAAGCCGAUAGCGGGAUUUAUUACUGGUGAUCAAGCGAGGAACUUUUUUUUCCAAUCUGGGUUACCUCAGCCUGUCUUAGCACAAAUAUGGGCGCUAGCGGACAUGAAUAACGAUGGAAGGAUGGAUCAAGUGGAAUUUUCCAUAGCCAUGAAGCUUAUCAAACUGAAGCUACAAGGAUAUCAGCUCCCCUCCACACUUCCCCCUGUCAUGAAACAGCAACCAGUGGCUAUUUCCAGUGCACCAGCAUUUGGUAUAGGAGGGAUUGCUAGCAUGCCACCACUCACAGCUGUUGCUCCUGUGCCAAUGGGCUCCAUUCCAGUUGUUGGAAUGUCUCCACCCUUAGUAUCUUCUGUCCCUCCAGCAGCAGUGCCUCCCCUGGCUAACGGGGCUCCUCCCGUCAUACAGCCUCUGCCUGCGUUUGCGCAUCCUGCAGCCACAUUGCCAAAGAGUUCUUCCUUCAGCAGAUCUGGUCCAGGGUCACAAUUAAACACUAAGUUACAGAAGGCACAAUCAUUCGAUGUCGCCAGCGCCCCUCCAGCAGCAGAAUGGGCUGUGCCUCAGUCAUCAAGGCUGAAAUACAGGCAGUUAUUCAACAGCCACGACAAAACUAUGAGUGGACACUUAACAGGUCCCCAGGCAAGAACUAUUCUCAUGCAAUCAAGUUUACCCCAGGCUCAGCUGGCUUCAAUAUGGAAUCUUUCUGACAUUGAUCAAGAUGGAAAACUCACUGCAGAAGAAUUUAUCCUAGCUAUGCACCUAAUUGAUGUUGCCAUGUCUGGUCAGCCACUGCCGCCCGUCCUGCCUCCAGAAUACAUCCCUCCUUCCUUCAGAAGAGUUCGCUCCGGCAGUGGGAUGUCCGUCAUAAGCUCUUCUUCUGUGGAUCAGAGGCUGCCUGAGGAGCCGUCGUCAGAGGAUGAGCAGCAGCCAGAGAAGAAACUGCCUGUGACAUUUGAAGAUAAGAAGCGGGAGAACUUCGAGCGAGGCAGUGUGGAGCUGGAGAAGCGCCGCCAAGCGCUCUUGGAGCAGCAGCGCAAAGAGCAGGAGCGGUUGGCUCAGCUGGAGCGCGCCGAGCAGGAGAGGAAAGAGCGGGAGCGCCAGGAGCAGGAGCGCAAGCGGCAGCUGGAGCUGGAGAAGCAGCUGGAGAAGCAGCGGGAGCUGGAGCGGCAGCGAGAGGAGGAGAGGAGGAAGGAGAUCGAGAGGCGCGAGGCCGCAAAACGGGAACUGGAAAGGCAGCGACAACUUGAAUGGGAACGGAACCGGAGACAGGAACUCCUGAAUCAGAGGAACAAGGAGCAGGAGGGCACCGUGGUCCUGAAGGCAAGGAGGAAGACUCUGGAGUUUGAGUUAGAAGCUCUGAAUGACAAAAAGCAUCAGCUAGAAGGAAAACUUCAGGAUAUCAGGUGUCGACUGGCAACCCAGAGGCAAGAAAUUGAGAGCACGAACAAGUCUAGAGAGCUAAGAAUUGCUGAAAUCACCCACUUACAGCAGCAGUUGCAGGAAUCUCAGCAAAUGCUUGGAAGACUUAUUCCAGAGAAACAGAUACUCAGUGACCAGUUAAAACAAGUCCAGCAGAACAGUUUGCAUAGAGACUCGCUUCUUACCCUCAAAAGAGCCUUGGAAGCAAAGGAGCUGGCCCGGCAGCAGCUCCGGGAGCAGCUGGACGAGGUGGAGAGAGAGACCAGGUCAAAGCUGCAGGAGAUUGAUGUUUUCAACAACCAGCUGAAGGAACUGAGAGAGAUACAUAGCAAACAGCAACUCCAGAAGCAGAGGUCCCUGGAGGCAGCGCGACUGAAGCAGAAAGAGCAGGAGAGGAAGAGCCUGGAGUUAGAGAAGCAAAAGGAAGACGCUCAGAGACGAGUUCAGGAAAGGGACAAGCAAUGGCUGGAGCAUGUGCAGCAGGAGGAGCAGCCACGCCCCCGGAAACCCCACGAGGAGGACAGACUGAAGAGGGAAGACAGUGUCAGGAAGAAGGAGGCGGAAGAGAGAGCCAAGCCGGAAAUGCAAGACAAGCAGAGUCGGCUUUUCCAUCCGCAUCAGGAGCCAGCUAAGCUGGCCACCCAGGCACCCUGGUCUACCACAGAGAAAGGCCCGCUUACCAUUUCUGCACAGGAGAGUGUAAAAGUGGUAUAUUACCGAGCGCUGUACCCCUUUGAAUCCAGAAGUCACGAUGAGAUCACCAUCCAGCCAGGAGAUAUAGUCAUGGUUAAAGGGGAAUGGGUGGAUGAAAGCCAGACUGGAGAGCCAGGAUGGCUUGGAGGAGAGCUGAAAGGGAAGACGGGAUGGUUCCCUGCAAACUAUGCAGAAAAGAUUCCAGAAAAUGAGGUUCCCACUCCAGCCAAACCAGUGACCGAUCUGACAUCUGCCCCUGCCCCCAAACUGGCUCUGCGUGAGACCCCUGCUCCUUUGCCAGUGACCUCUUCUGAGCCCUCCACAACCCCCAACAACUGGGCAGACUUCAGUUCCACGUGGCCCAGCAGCUCAAACGAGAAGCCAGAAACGGACAACUGGGAUACAUGGGCGGCUCAGCCUUCUCUGACCGUACCUAGUGCUGGCCAGUUACGGCAGAGAUCAGCCUUUACCCCAGCCACAGCCACUGGCUCCUCCCCAUCUCCCGUCCUGGGCCAGGGUGAAAAGGUGGAAGGGCUACAAGCGCAAGCCCUGUAUCCCUGGAGAGCCAAAAAAGACAACCACUUAAAUUUUAACAAAAGUGACGUCAUCACCGUUCUGGAACAGCAAGACAUGUGGUGGUUUGGAGAAGUUCAAGGUCAGAAGGGUUGGUUCCCCAAGUCUUACGUGAAACUCAUUUCAGGGCCCGUAAGGAAAUCCACAAGCAUCGAUACUGGCCCUACUGAAAGUCCUGCUAGUCUAAAGAGAGUGGCUUCCCCGGCCGCCAAGCCAGCCAUUCCCGGAGAAGAGUUUAUUGCCAUGUACACAUACGAGAGUUCUGAGCAAGGAGAUUUAACCUUUCAGCAAGGGGAUGUGAUUGUGGUUACCAAGAAAGAUGGUGACUGGUGGACGGGAACGGUGGGCGACAAGUCCGGAGUCUUCCCUUCUAACUAUGUGAGGCUUAAAGAUUCAGAGGGCUCUGGAACUGCUGGGAAAACAGGGAGUUUAGGAAAAAAACCUGAAAUUGCCCAGGUUAUUGCUUCCUACGCUGCUACUGGUCCCGAACAACUCACCCUGGCUCCUGGGCAGCUGAUUCUGAUCCGGAAAAAGAACCCAGGUGGAUGGUGGGAAGGAGAACUGCAAGCUCGAGGGAAAAAGCGCCAGAUAGGGUGGUUUCCAGCAAAUUAUGUCAAACUUCUAAGCCCCGGAACAAGCAAAAUCACCCCAACUGAGCUACCCAAGACCGCAGUGCAGCCAGCAGUGUGCCAGGUGAUCGGGAUGUACGAUUACACCGCCCAGAACGAUGACGAACUAGCCUUCAGCAAAGGCCAGAUCAUCAACGUCCUCAACAAGGAGGACCCGGACUGGUGGAAAGGAGAAGUCAGUGGGCAAGUUGGGCUCUUCCCAUCCAAUUAUGUAAAGCUGACCACAGACAUGGACCCCAGCCAGCAAUGGUGCUCAGACCUGCAUCUCUUAGAUAUGCUGACCCCGACUGAGAGGAAGCGGCAAGGCUACAUCCAUGAACUCAUUGUCACGGAGGAGAACUACGUGAACGACUUGCAGCUGGUCACAGAGAUCUUUCAGAAACCCCUGACGGAGUCUGAGCUGCUGACAGAAAAAGAGGUUGCUAUGAUUUUUGUUAACUGGAAGGAGCUGAUCAUGUGUAAUAUCAAACUGCUGAAAGCGCUGAGAGUCCGCAAGAAGAUGUCUGGGGAGAAGAUGCCGGUGAAGAUGAUUGGCGACAUCCUGAGCGCCCAGCUGCCGCACAUGCAGCCUUACAUCCGCUUCUGCAGCUGCCAGCUCAAUGGGGCUGCCCUCAUCCAGCAGAAGACGGACGAGGCUCCAGACUUCAAGGAGUUCGUCAAAAGACUGGCAAUGGACCCUCGGUGCAAAGGAAUGCCUCUGUCCAGCUUUAUACUGAAGCCUAUGCAGCGUGUCACAAGAUACCCGCUGAUCAUUAAAAACAUCCUGGAAAACACUCCCGAGAACCAUCCAGACCACAGCCACCUGAAGCAUGCCCUGGAAAAGGCGGAGGAGCUAUGCUCCCAGGUGAACGAGGGAGUUCGAGAGAAGGAGAACUCAGACCGGCUGGAGUGGAUCCAAGCCCACGUGCAGUGUGAAGGCCUUUCUGAGCAACUGGUGUUCAAUUCAGUGACCAACUGCUUGGGACCACGCAAGUUUCUGCACAGCGGGAAGCUCUACAAGGCCAAGAGCAACAAAGAACUGUAUGGCUUCCUCUUCAACGACUUCCUCCUGCUGACCCAAAUCACAAAGCCCUUAGGCUCUUCCGGCACCGACAAAGUCUUCAGCCCCAAAUCUAACCUUCAGUAUAAAAUGUACAAAACGCCCAUUUUCUUAAAUGAGGUUCUAGUAAAAUUGCCCACGGACCCUUCUGGAGAUGAGCCUAUCUUCCACAUUUCCCACAUCGACCGGGUCUACACCCUCCGAGCAGAGAGCAUAAAUGAGAGGACUGCCUGGGUGCAGAAAAUCAAGGCGGCGUCUGAGCUCUACAUAGAGACGGAGAAAAAGAAGCGAGAGAAGGCGUACCUGGUCCGUUCCCAGCGGGCGACCGGUAUUGGAAGGUUGAUGGUGAACGUGGUAGAAGGCAUUGAGCUGAAGCCCUGUCGGUCACAUGGAAAGAGCAACCCGUACUGUGAGGUGACCAUGGGCUCUCAGUGCCACAUCACCAAGACAAUCCAGGACACGCUAAACCCCAAGUGGAAUUCUAACUGCCAGUUCUUCAUCAGAGACCUGGAGCAGGAGGUUCUCUGCAUCACAGUGUUUGAGAGGGACCAGUUCUCGCCUGAUGAUUUUUUGGGUCGGACAGAGAUCCGAGUGGCCGACAUCAAGAAAGACCAGGGCUCCAAGGGGCCGGUUACGAAGUGUCUCCUGCUGCAUGAGGUCCCCACGGGAGAGAUUGUGGUCCGCCUUGACCUGCAGUUGUUUGAUGAGCCGUAGCAGCCCUGCGAUGAUCGUAGAUGACUUCCUCCUCAAGGCCCCGUGCGGGCGUGCUGUCUGGUGGUCAGCCUCAGAGCAACGGGGAUGAAGCAAAGACGAAGCCCCUCGAGGCUGCUAGGAGUCGUUCUCGACAAUCCUGCCCUUCAAACCAUGUCUCAUUUUAUGAAUCCAAAUUCUCUUUUCCUUUGCUCUCCCUAUGGUCUCAUCAUGGCUUCUAGAGUCUCUGAAAUCUGUGACCUUUAACUAGGUUCCAUUGGGAGCCUGGCUCCUUCCCUGGGCUGGAGGUGUGGGUCUGAUUCCUAUAAAAUAGAUUUAUAAACACAGUGACUGUAUUUUGGAGAACUGUGUAGGCCUCCUAUUUCUCUCCUCUACCAGCCCUUCGUAGACUACUUGGCCUAUAAUAUCGUGUGUGUGUGUCCAAUUAUGACGGAAUUGUGGCUUCGGAGCCCAGCCCUCCCUGGGAGAUGGGGCCCUAGAUUGAAUGGCUCUGGAGCAGACACCAACGUACUUAACCCUCUGGAGAGCUGUCGCUUAGAAGACACUCCCAUGUGUCGUUAGAGCUGUACCAUUCCCCUCUAGACUUCCUUAGUGCCCAUCAGUGGAAACACGGUGGUGGCAUGCUACAGGGUGAUUCCGUUCCGAUUCUGGGUGAGCUUGGAGGAUCCUCCAAAAGCUCAUUAUCUGCAAGGUUCUGUCCUGAUGAGUUAGGUCCUGCCGUGGGUCACUGCGGGUCACUGGGAUGACCUUGGCUUGGUUAUUGUCAGAGCAUCCUCUUUGGGCUUGGAGACCCUGGAAUGUUUCAUGAGAAGUUCUGUCUGGAGACCAGUCCUGUCUGAGCCCAUUCUGUGCUUGAAAGACUUGUGAGAAGUAACAACAACAAUCCUUAGUGGUCACCGCACCCCCAAACCCCACCACACCAGGAAGUCAUGCCUUAGAUGGAUGAAGUUCAAAAAAGAAAGAAUUCAAGAUAGAAUAGGUAGUGUGGAGAAACGCUAAGAAAAUCCAUUACUGGUUUGAGGGAAAGACCUUUGGGAACCCGUGAGCCCCACAUGUGGGGUGGGAAAAUGGGCGAUGCUCCUGGGCAUACAACAACCUCUUAGUCAUAGGAACACACGCACUUUUUGCGAGAAUCAGGAGUGUAUGACCAUAGGCCAGGCUUUUUUGUCUGAGUUCUUUGGGUUUUCUCUCCCUUAAAUGCUAAAAGAUAGGCUGGUUAUCUAGAUAACUUGAUUUGCUAGUGAGAAGUGCAGGCUGUUUUGGUCCCUCGUUUGCAUCUCCAGUCUGUGGUCAUGGCCUGGCCUUUGCAUGUCUCAGGCUCCUGGGCUCAGGCUUUCCUGUGUUGGGUGGCCUGGCCUUUGCAUGUCUCAGGCUCCUGGGCUCAGGCUCUCCUGUGUUGGGUGGUGUUCCUUUUUAUGGUAGGUUCUCAGAUUUUAACUAGGUUUCUAGAAGUACUUUGUAAAUGGUAGUGUCUCGGUGACAGAAUAGCCACUCUGCUGAAAUCUGAAUGCUCCAUGUGACCCCAGAAGGUCCCUCUCCGUGUGUGUGUGUGUGUGUGUGUGUGUGUUUCAAGUGAUUUCUCAAAACGUGUAUGGGGCAAAGGACAACAGUUUACAUUUCAUACUUCCAAGAAGCACUUAGAGUUUAUUUAUUGAAGAUAGUGUUGACUUUUGUAUCAAGAACAACAGACACACCUAUUUUUUGAAACAAGCCAAUAAACUCUUCAGGUAGCAGCUUUCAGCUGAACAUGAGGUAGACUUUAACUUCGAGCAUGCGUUGGCUUACCACUUUCCCAGCAGAAAACACUAUCAAAACACUACACAUUCAUGUUUCUGUUGUUGUUAAGAAACUGUUUUAAAUGAUACCUAUAACUAGAUCUGUGACCCAUGGUUUCUUGGUUCUGGAACCAGGGGGGCUUUGUUCGGCAUGUUGAUAAAGGACAUGCUCCCAUACUGUGAAACACAGACAUUCUGUGUGCAAAUGGCCAGUAUAGGGUCACCAUUACAAUCCCUUCCCCUCCCCCUUCCAAGUUGAACAUGAACAUGAUGUUGAACAUCAGUGUUCCUGUAGGAAGGAUGAGGCAUGCAUGGUGACCCCAUAGGUUCUGGGUUACCUACUCAUAGCAAGCACCCCAUGAUUGUAGUAUGUGAAUGCAGUCUGUGAGUCUUUCCCCCAGGUGACCCUACUAGACACCCCUGGGUUGUCCUGAGGGGUGACAGAUCUGGAUUGGUGUCAUUUGUUGUGAUUAAUUGUAUUUCUGGAUGAGCUGGGCUGACCCUCAGACCCAGCUGUGACUCCUGGUUUCUGUUGAGAUGGAGUCCUAUUGUGACCCAUGGGUGACACACAGAGUCUCAAACCUUGAUUCUCUCCUCCUUGACUCUACUUUUUUGACCAGCUAGCCUUCAGUUCCUACAAAUGGUAGGUCCUUGCCAACGAGGAAUCUGAGGCUCAGAUGUCUGCUUUGUAAAUGCUUGCCCAGGCUGCACCACCUGGCACCUUGAUGCCAGCUGUUCAGAUACCCCCUGAAGGCAUCCCUCUUCUAUGGGCCACACUGCCAGUACCUCCCACACUCUGACCUCCUCUCACUCAGGAAGGCACUUUCCUGGAGCCUGGCUAUGCUCUGACCCUCAGUCACCCCUGAGAAUUAUCCCGAGAGCUCUGAGGACAGAAGCCCCUGACUGGGCUUCCUUCAUGGGCCACUUGAUCCAAAGGGUCAGUCCUUGUCUCUGGGGAAGCGUCCAUGUUUUGUCACCCAGCAGAUGGAUGGAUAGCUUUAUCUCUUGGGACCAGAUUUGCUGUGUCCACAAGAGUUUGGAGACAUAUGUCAAUCAUUAAGGUCCAGAUCUGCCCUCGAUGGAACAGAGAGCCUUCUAGAUGAGAGUCAGCAGGAAUGCUGGAGAAACUGGGCAAGGGUGCUGGGUUCAAUUUUGUAAUGAUAUGUCUCUGUCAUUGGACAGCAAAUAAGAAACUUCUCUCCCUAAAGAACCUUUCUUCCUUAUUUUCAGACAGGACCUGACUCCAUAGCCCAAGAUGUCCUUGAACUUAGGGUCCUCCUGUCUCAGCCUCCCGUGUGCUGGAAUUUCAAGUGUGUCCCGCUGGGCUCAGCUGUCUUCAUUUUUAUAAAAGGUGGAUCAAUGGGCCGCUCAUACUGCCUGUUAUCUUCACUCAGUGCCAACGUGUGUUCUAGACGUGUGUCACGAGGUCACAGGCGUCUGGAAAGGGUGAUCGCAGGUUGGUCUUCCAGGGUGGGACAGCAGCUACCUCCCCAGGAGCUGCUGGGCAGGAGAGAGCUGGGCAGGAGAGAGCUGGUGACCAUAUACAGUCCAGGGUGUCCUAGAAUCCAUUAAUCAAGGACACAUGGACGGGCCCCUCUGGCUUUCAUUUGACAGGUGGAGAACCUGAGCCAGCUGAGACCGCAGGGAGGAUUUGCACCCCCAAGGGCUUUGUUUCUAGCUGUUCGGACCUGGCCUGAUUCCUAGGAAGAAGCCAAACCUCUGAUGGAUUCUUUUCCUCUUUUAGACCCUGUCAGAAUCCAGAUGCACGAGAGUUAGAGACAGUUCCUCCUCCUCUUCCUCCUCCCCCUCCUCCCUCUCCUCUUCCUCCUCCCCCUCCUCCCUCUCCUCCUCUUCCUCCUCUCCCUCCCCCUCCUCCUCCUCUUCCCUGGAUUGGCCCCAUGGGCCCAAAUUCUUGUUUUUCUUUGUUUCCCCCUUAUUCUCCAAAGACACAUUGAAGCUGACAUUUCAGGGAAUGCCUUAUUGGGCAGGCCUACAGAGGCUGGCUUGUAUGAGUGGUGGGAACCUCCUCAGAAGAGCCCAAUCUUGCUGACUAGUAAUUGACAGUAAGGAGUCCCCAACAUGGGUCCUAAGAUGCCACCCCCUCCUCCCCUGUAUCUCCCCGCUCCUCCCCUGCACAGUCUCCUUUAAAGGGGGGUCAGCACCUGACCUUUUCCCAACUCCAUUGCUUGCCUACCUGCCAAGGGACCCUGUUCUGCAGGGACGUGGGGGUGUGAGGGUCACCGGGCCAAGGUAAUGCAGGAGAAAAAAGGAGGGAAGGAAAAAGGAAGAGAGAAAGAAGGAAGGAUGGAUGUAAGGAUAGAAGGGAUGGAGGAAGGAGGGAGACAGGGCAGGUGGUCAAAGAGAACGUUAAAGAGGCUUCCUCGCAGGUUAUGAAGGUAAGGGCUCACUCAGUGCCACGUACUCCCCGUGGGGGUUUAGGGGACCGCAUCUCUGGAGAAGAGACUCGCAAACUGAAGAUGGGACUUACCCCUGCCCUCCUUGUCAUGGAGACUUAGACCUCUAGUGUAGCAGCCCCUAGAACCAUCACGGCUUCCUUUCUUUUUUAUUUCUUUUUUAAAGAUUUAUUUAUUAUACUUAAAAAACAGACACACCAGAAGAGGGUGUCAAAUCUCAUUACGGAUGGUUGUGAGCCACCAUGUGGUUGCUGGGAUUUGAACUCAGGAUCUUCAGAAGAGCAGUCAGUGCUCUUAACCACUGAGCCAUCUCUCCAGCCCCCACCAUCACGGCUUUCUGAGUGGCAAAUUCCCAGAGGCCCUUGGGCAUAGCAUUCUCUUUUGAAUGACUCCUAUUAAUGAACAUUGUCCUUUGAAGGGCUAUUCAAGGAAAUAAUGAAGACUUCUUGUUAGUUUGGACUUGCAAUAAAUAACUGGCUGGUUGCCACAGGGACUCCUCUUUCCAGUUCCCUGUUUCCUGAUACCUAGAAAGUAGCUGAGCUAGAGGAAGAGAAAGUCCCGGAGACCGUUUCCUCACAGGACAUUGCACGAGGUCCCUGUGGUCCCAAGGAUCCACUAAUGUGUAUAAUGACUUCGUGUCUGUAAGCGCCAGGAAAGGUUCUGUCCUUGAGAAGCACAGGAAAAUACAACCCGUGAGAAAGAUGGCCAGGAUCUCAGGCUCUCUAAGUUGAGAGCAUUGAAACUCCUAUGUCAGCACCCUGGGCAGACUGCAGUCAGGAACAGCAACACAGUGAGCAAUGCUGACAGGAUGCUGUUCCUUCAGGGGGGCUCUAUCCUGUCCAGGCCGCCUGUUGGGGGCUGGGAGGCAGAGAAGGGACCUCCUUUGUGGCUUUUAAGCCAACUUGUAGAUCUAAUUUUAAGUCACUUUAAUAACAUAAAAUUCCUGCUCAGUGGCUGGGUAGAUCGCUGACAAAGUGCUAGCCCGGCAAACCUGAGGCCCUGAGUUUGAUCCCCAGCCCUUUCGUAAAGAAACCAGAUUCAGCAUGCGUAGCUGUAGUACCAGAGCUGGGGAUGUGGAGACAGGGGGAUUGUUGGACUUGUUUCUUGGUGCCGUGGCUCACAGGGGUUGGGACUGGGGAUGUCUUGAAGGAUAAGGUACAGAAAACUCAGUACGGAAACAUUAGUGUUUAUCUCCACCAAACAACUAACUCAGUUCUACUCAGACCUAACUAGUUCCUUUAGUAAAAGGAGCUAAUAGUUUAUAUUUUGGCAAAUAAUUCUCCUAGCACUGUGUGUGGCUGUCCUAUUUCAGGGUGAAUUGCCCCUACGCUGUGUCAGGUCCUAUGCUAUAUUUUAAUCGGAUCUGUUCUGUUUUCUGGAGCAGCCUAGAGUCUCGCUGUUAUUACAGUGAUGAGUAUUUUAGUGUUCGAAGUCCACCGAGGAGAGUUUCAUUCAGAAGCGGGCUUAUUCCGUCAGCCUUCAGAUUGCCCAGCGUCCCUCCGGGAUUUCUGGGGAGCUGGCCAGUGACCAAGGCUCCUUUUUACGCUGUGGAAAUUCCUCCCUUCUUCUUUUAGAACCAUCGUACCCGUAUCCUGUGCGAGAGCUGCGCCUGUGGUUUUCUGCCUCCCCGGCUAUACUCUUUUGUCUUUCUUGUCUUAUCUCCUGUUCUCGGUGAAAACAAGAGUGGGGACCUUAGACAAAUAGGAGCCAAAGGCAGCGUGGUGGCUUGUGUGGCCAUUUCCGCACUGUGGGGCUCUUCCUACCUAGAUGGUUCUAUUGGCAGGGUCAAGGUGCUGGCGCCCCCUGCUGCAUCCCAGCAGCAUUGCUCUUGUGGAACUUGCUAGUGAGAGGGGUGGGGGUAGGGUCAGGGCUAGAACCCGACUGUAGUGCUCCCCGACUCUCCCAGCUGAGCCGUGAGCAAAGAAGGAAGGUGUGAGUGAACCCAGCGCUGGGCACCUACUGAAAUGGCGUUCCUGCCUGCUGGGGUGGACAGAGACCCUCCUCAGCUUCCCUGCCUUUUCUGUGCCUUCAGAGGGGAAUGUUGCAAUUCAGUUCUCCACAGAAAAGGACUGGCUUCCUGAAGUAGGCCUCUGUCCCUGCGAGACAGGGUAGCCCUACUUGGUAGGAUAGCAGGGUGUCUACCUGAAGACUUCGACUUUGGACGUUUUAAGUGGCAAAUGGUUUGAUGCAGCCCUUGGAUGCCCGGAGUGUGUCUGUGAGUGAGUGUGUAUGUGUGUACCAAGCAUUGGGGGAUGGCUGUGUGUCCCACUGAAGGAGACAGGAGAUGUUUUGCUCUACCCUUCCCCAAGCUGCAUUCAGGACCAGCUGGUAAUGUGUGGACCAAGUGCAAAAAUAAAAAUGGCCUCCUCCUUGCUCCAAAUGAUUAGGGAUUUCAGCAGGGGCAGCAGAGAACUGAGCUGAGUUUGGGCCCUGCUGUUUGGAGGGGCUCCAACACCCUGGGGCUGGCCUUGACUACACUGUGAAUGGAGCAGGGAGGGCCUUGUUAUGUCUUUCUUCUUUGGAAAGGUCUCCCUGGCAGGCUGCGCGGAGCUGAGAUGGAAACACAUCGUCCCUUCUCCCUCUCUCCCCCCUCCCUCCCUUGUUUUCUUUUCCUUUCCUUGCAGUGCUAAUUAUCAAAGCCAGGGCCUCGUGCAUUCUUAGAAAGUGAGGUGCUUUUCAAAACUCUACUCUUUUAUCUCUUAAAAGUACAAACAGUGCAGAAUAAUUACAGCGCCCGAACCCCCGGCUAACACCUGGAAGCGCCCUGGAUGGACGGGGAAUGGUCAACAUAGGUUGAUGGUUUCUCAAGUCUCCGUCCAGGGUGUGUCUCUGGAUAUCAAGUGGGGCCUUUGAGUCUUCAAAGUUGAAUUUUCUGCUUUGAAAUGAAACCUUUCCCUAUUCAAGGGUUGGUCUCCCGGUUUCUGGUGUCACAGAGGAGAUUCUAAACUACUUUAAUGGAGAAGAGCCUAGAAGAGCACAGGGUCCCUGUCUGACAUCGAGAGGUCCUUUGUUCCUUUAGAUACUGCUUUCUGGAGAGAGAGUGGGCGGAGCCAGAUGCCUCUCUGCCCUAGAGGCCAAGUGUCUGAGAGUUUACUCCUGGGAGGCAGGGCUCUCACGGGAUAGAUCCUCCAUGUGUCUUUGGGUGUUCGCAAAGAAGAAAGGCUCUGCUGUGUGUGUAACCUCUGCAUUCUGGAAGCCCACAGCUCUGGGGAGGCCAGAAGUUAGGAAGCCGCUCCUCAAAGGUGUGUGUGUGUGUGUGUGUGUGUGUGUGUGUUGCUUUGUUGUGCAGCCUGUGUUGUGUUGGAUGCUCCAAGCCCUUUGAGGCUCUGUUUGCCGUUUGCAGAUGUGGACCCAUGUCCACACAUGCAGAGCAAUAAUCUUUCUCGAGUUUCCCGAUUCCACUCCUGUAAUCCCAGCGCUCCAGAGAUAGAAGCAGGAGAAUCAGGAGUUUAAGGCCAGUCUGGGCUACGUGAGACCCUCUUUCAAAACUAGAAACACAGAAACUGAGAAGGGAAAACCCACAGAAGGCUCACCUGCCUCAGCUUUAAAUCACCUUAAAUGGGUCAUGAUCCCUAGAGGGACCUGACCACUACUCUGCCAGCAUCCAUUUUAAUGAGUGAAGAUUUUGGAUACCCUUCAUCAAUUAACAUUCUCUAAGCGUUACUUGCUGAAUAUUGCUGUCAGAUCGUUCUCUCAAAUGAUGCUCAAUGGUAAGACAUGCAUUUAACUGAGCAUUUGUUGUCAAUGGAGCUGAGAGGUCAGCCUCAGCUCUGGUCCUUGGCAGCCCACAAGCUAAAGUCUCCUUGCCCCUCCGUCUGCCGCGGUGCACACAGGGGCGCAGGCUACCAUUCCCCUGUGCUGUACUGUCUUCGCUCUUCUGCUCUGCAACAUUCCACACGUCGAUGGUGAACAUAGGUGAACAUAUCUGUACAGAGGCGAGAAACCUCCGCCAAAUGUCCUGUGUCUGACAGUCAGCUCACAGCUCCUGGGUUUCUGUAUUUUGUGCAUUUUCCAACAAAGGAAAAAGACGGAAAUCCACUACAUAAUGUGAAAAGAUUGUGUUCUGUAUGUGGUUCGUCAGGAAAUCUUUGCUGUAUGUUUUUGGCAAUGAUGAUUAUAUGUGUAUACAGUAUGUAAGAGGCUAUGCUGUUCAAUGUUGCAUAAACUUAACAGUCUCUAGUCUGAAUAUCUAACUUGUUAUUGUAAAAUGUGAUUUCUCAUCGAGAGAUUAUUUUUCUGUAUGUAUAUGAGAGUAUUUUAGGAAUCUAACUUAAGUGCAUAAACUAUAGAAGAAACUUAAAAUCAUAUCCCAGGAGUAGAAAUGCGUGAUCAGGUCACUUGGGUUCAACCCAUCUAAAUUUUAUUAAAAAACAAAUCCAAAGUGAAUGUUUAGGAA